UGGCUAGGUUCGUCUUGGAGAAUGGAACAGCGACACCUUAUCUCGCUACCGAAACUGUUCGUGGUCUUGCUUUCGAAAACCUACAGAGGCAUGCCUGUAUCAGAUCAACCCCAAACAAUGUUUGAACCAACCAACCGAACGAUGUCUGGGGAAACUCUUUCUCUCUGAGGCUUGCAGAAGAUCUUCCAGAUUAGUCUUCAAAAUCAUUCGGCUUCGACUGGCUAAAUUAGCGAUGCUCUUAGAAGACCCAGAAUUUUCUCACAUUAAGAUAAUUAAUCUUGUUCGUGACCCACGCGCCAUCAUUUCAUCUCGAAACAAACUCCGUUGGUGCAUUAGUAAUGCUUGUAAAAACCCAGAAUCUCUUUGUCAAGCCAUGCGAAAGGAUAUUGAAGCUGCAGAAAAGUUGAGAAAACGACACCAUCAGCAAUUCUUUCAUUUUCGUUUCGAAGAUCUUGCUCUUUGGCCAUUCGAAACCACGAAGAAGUUGUUUAAUUUUCUUGGACUUCCUAAUCAUCCACGGAUAGACUUCUUUUUGAGGAAGCGCCUUAACAGUUUGCUUACUCACACUUUUUACGACCACGAUGGUAAACUCCAGAGUCCUGCUACCCACAGAAAACCUGUCAAAGCCAUCUUUCGAUGGGUGCGGGAACUUCCCUGGGAAGAGAUACAAACCAUUCAGAGAACCUGUAAAGACGUGUUACAAAAAUUGGGAUACAAGUUGGUUAAUUCUACCCAACAACUAGAAAAUUUUCAUCCUAUUGGCUGACGUUUAAUACCUUUUGAUAGAUACACCAGAACCGAAACUCUCAACAUAUCUGAACAUUCCAAAAAUCAAAUGAUCUUAUGUUAGAAGUGAGAAUCUAACUAGGAUCGAAUAAAUAUUACACAGUGUACAUUGCUGAAUAAAAUUGAGGUUUUU